ACGGGGGUGUGUCAACCAGGUGUGGGAGUGGCAGAUUUCUAGUCAAAAGCUGGUGUUGGUCAACUGGUCAGGUUAGUCAGUUGCUUUUGGAGGGAAUGUGCACUGGGAAUUUCUCCUGCUGUUGCUGAAGGGAUUUUAUCAGAGAACUUCCAACUUCCAGACUACUCUUCCAACACUCUUUAUCCAAGGUAUGUGAUCUUUGUUUUGGCUGUAUGGUUUAAUUACAAUUAUUCUAAAUUUGUUCUAAAUUAGUAGUGGGUUCUUUGCUGUUGCUCUGCUGGUAUUAUUGUAGUUCAGAAGACAUUAUGUAAUAAAUGUUAAUUUUUUGCUGAUAAAUUGUUUAAAAUUAAUUAUUUUUUAUUAUCAUAUAACAGGGAUUUCUGCUGCUGCUGAAGUAAUAUCCCCAGUGACAACUUUAAUCUACAAAGAGUCUAAGUGCAAGAUGCCACGGAAAAAGUCAUUCAGAAUGAGGCGUGCGCCCAAGACUGUGAGUACUGUGGUUGAUGUGCAGUGCUGCUGCGAUUCUAAAUUAGUUGGUGGAUUGGUGUGUGGUACCAAGCAUUUCAGGUUGCUCGACAGAAACAAUGAAAGAACAGAGAUUUGUAGUGUUUUAGGUCUUAUUAGGCAUAAAGUGUCAAAUGUGUGUACUUGGAAGGCUGGUGUGAUGGAUUCAAUUUGUGAUGAAGGAAGGAUACUUUUGGAGGAGAGGAAACCUACAAAGGGUUUGGCUGGUAGAUAUAAUGCUUUCAACAGAGUGGCUGAUGUUUCUCUAGGUAAAGUAAUACGUGGUUCUUGUGAUUACUUGGAGUUUUCUAGUGCUUUACAAGAGACAUUGCUUGAUCAACAGUCCUGUUUGUUAAACUUAGAUGGAUAUCACUGUGCAGUUGUGUAUCACAAUGAAUAUUUCAUUGUUUUGGAUUUUAACGCUUGCAAUUCUUCUGGUUUGCCGUGUGACUUUGGCGUCUGUGUAGCACAAUUUCACACUAGUCUGAAUGAAACCAUGCUGUUUUUCACAACAUUGCUUGAGAAGCUAAAAGCAAAGGUGUUCUCUGUUGCUAGUGUAAUGGUGAGGUUGGCUGAUGAACAGGUUUCAUCAAUGCAUUGUCCAAGUACUGCUAACGGUAUGCAUGAAAGUCCUGUGAAAAUCUCUGAACAAAAAGUCUGUGUUCCAGAAGGUGUUGAACUGAAGGAGUGUUAUGUUAAUUUGAAAAGGAUGGCAAAUGAUAAAGCUGGAAAGUCUACUGUGCAAACCCCCAAAAAAAGGAAAUUAGUCAAAAUGGAAGCUAUCCAUGAUUCAGAUGUUCAGUGUGAUAUAAACAGUGUUCGAUGUGUCCAGGGUUCUUUUCAUCAAGGGCAUUCUAGAUUUGGGAGAAACGGUGGGCGUCAAUGUGUGGCUAAUUCAUUAGCAGCUAUGGUAAUGCAUGAAAAGAAAAACGUCAUUGGGUGGAACACAAAAAAUCUAGACAGUGUUCUAAUUUCAGGAAACAAGUUUUAUUCAUUUUGUAGAACACAAGGCCUGAUUACUGAUGGUAGUGAAGACCAGUAUCUACUUGUAACAGACUUGCCACAAACAGCCAGCAUUGGUGAUUCUGAUUAUACUUUUACAUUUAGUGACCCCGUGGUAGGGGAUGUGAAUGUAGAGGAUGGCGAACUUCUCAGAUCAGGCAUUGCAUAUAGUUUAAUAAGUGGUCUAGAAAAAAUCUUUUCAAUGCAUGACAGAUGUUUUUUCACUUAUGAUCAGAGGACCUGUGCUAUAAUUCGCGUAAAUGAUCAGUUUGCUUUGAUUGAUUCUCACGCACGGGAUGUGUAUGGUAGGACAAACAGUCAGGGGAAAAGCAUUGUUCUGUACUUUCCUUCACUUCAUGACAUUGUUGCUUUGGUGCAUGAGUGGGUUUUAGAUAGAGAAACACUGCUUGAAUCAAAUGAUUUUGAGAUUACAGGGGUUGAUAUUUGUCCUGCUGUGAGUAAUUUGGAAAACAAUGAAAGUUGCUUGGAAGGAGUAGUGGGUAACACUAGUGAGUGCAUGUUGGUUGAUGAUUCUAGUUCUUGUGACUCCUCUGAAGAUACACAUGAUGUUACUUUCAUGAAAGAAAUGCCCAGUGUUAAAUAUCAGUUUAGUGUACUGUCUAAAGAUGUAGCUGAGGCUAUAUGUAAUAAGUUAAAUGUAAGUUUUGAAGAAAAGUCUGGUAUGGUGCCAGGCAGGUAUGGGGAUUUAGGCAAACCUUGUAGAACAGAAAACAUAGUGGGUGAUGGAAACUGCUUCUUCAGAUGUAUAUCACAAAUAGUCAGUGGUAAUCAGGCAUACCACCGUAGAUUUAGACUUGCUAUAGUAAAACACAUGCAGGCUAAUGAGGCUCAGUACAGUACAGACAUAAGACAGGAUUACACAUCCUUAAAGGAGUACUUGGACAGGUCUAGAAUGAAUUUUGUUGGAAGUUGGGCAACAGAAAUUGAAAUCCAAGCUGCUGCAGAUUUUCUAGGUGUAGAUGUUUACACUUAUACUAGUGAUAAAUGGCUGAAGUUUCACUGCAGAGGUUCAAAAAUCACAGAGGAUGGAAUUUUUUUGGCUCAUAGAAAUGGUAACCACUAUGAAACUGUUGUGUGCGUGAAACAUGGCAGUUGCCAUGAUUGCCAUAAGUUGUGUAAAAUACAUGAGUUGAUGAAUGCAUGCCCUUUGCAAACACGGGCUGUGGGAAGCAAACAAGCUAAUAGUCAGAGUUUGAUGAUGGAAGAUCAAAGUAACGAAAAAAACAAAUGCACAUUAAAAAGAAAAGAGACGGAUUUAAAACAUUUAGACAGAAAAAAAAAAUGUUUAAAUGUAAUUGAAACUGACUGCGGGAAAGUUACACAGAACACAGCAACCAAUGUAACAUUUUUGUGGUCAAGUCCUAAACAAAUAAAAUCUAAAUACAUGAGGGAAAAGAAAAAAAAUGAAAUGAAAAGACAGUAUAAAAUGAAUGUUAUACACAGAAACCAGAAGAAGAUGUACACUAUAAACAAGUACAAAAGAGAUACUGGUCAUCGUUUAAAAAUAAUUAUGUCUAGUAAAAUAAAGUAUGCCAAAGAUGAAAAGCAUAGGCUUGAUGUUCAGAAUCGCAGCAAAAGCAAGUAUGCUACUAAUACAGAAUUCAGCAAAGCAGUUCGAAAAUCUAGUAAAGAUAAAUAUGCUACUAAUACAGAAUUCAGCAAAGCAGUUCGAAAAUCUAGUAAAGAUAAAUAUGCUACUAAUACAGAAUUCAGCAAAGCAGUUCGAAAAUCUAGUAAAGAUAAAUAUGCUACUAAUACAGAAUUCAGCAAAGCAGUUCGAAAAUCUAGUAAAGAUAAAUAUGCUACUAAUACAGAAUUCAGCAAAGCAGUUCGAAAAUCUAGUAAAGAUAAAUAUGCUACUAAUACAGAAUUCAGCAAAGCAGUUCGAAAAUCUAGUAAAGAUAAAUAUGCUACUAAUACAGAAUUCAGCAAAGCAGUUCGAAAAUCUAGUAAAGAUAAAUAUGCUACUAAUACAGAAUUCAGCAAAGCAGUUCGAAAAUCUAGUAAACAUAAAUAUGCUACUAAUACAGAAUUCAGCAAAGCAGUUCGUAAAAGAAGUAAAGAUAAAUAUGCUACAAAUACAGAAUUCAGCAAAGCAGUUCGCAAAUUUAGUAAAGAUAAAUAUGCUGGUGAUCCAGAGUUUAGGUGUGCGGUGCAUGAACAAGUAAAGACAAAACGCUCUGUUGUAAAACAAAAUCAACAAUGUUUCAGUCAAGUUUUAAAAGACUUUAAUUCUAUAAUAAGAGAAGGGCCAGAUUUUGUGUGUUGUGUUUGUCAUAGGUUGCUGUUUAAGCAUCAAGUGUCCCAUUGUAAAAUGGACAAGUAUAAGACUACAAAGGAAAUGCAGGCAGUAGCUGAGCAGUGUAUUACUGAAGACUAUUUGCAUAAGUGUGAUCAUGUGUGUGAUGUUCCAUGUCUCUGGUUGACAACAAGCAAGUGUCAGUUGUGGAUUUGUCACAAUUGUGAUUUUAAACUGUCUCACAGUAUAAUGCCUCCAGAAAGUGUUUUAAAUAACUUGCAGCUUGAACCAGUACCACCAGAGCUCAGUUGUCUUAACAGUUUAGAACAACAUUUAAUAGCUUUACAUAUUCCAUUUAUGAAGCUCUUAGCUUUACCUAAAGGAGCGCAAAAUGGUGUCCAUGGACCAGUCACAUGUGUUCCUUCAAAUGUUGUUGACACAACAAAUUUGCUACCACGAGCUAAUGUAGAGGGGUCUCUGUUGCGUGUUAAGCUAAAACGUAAGUUAACAUAUAAAGGACAUUAUGAAUAUAAGUAUGUCAACACUGAGCAUGUAAAGAGAGCAUUGCAGUAUUUAAAACAAAAUAACCCAUACUAUGCUGACAUAAAUUACAACGAAAAUUGGUUAAACGAAUUUGAAGAAGAAAGUCUAGAAAACAUGAAUGAAAAUAAUGAUUCAUCCCUUUCAAACAACGUCCAAAUAGACACAGAGCAAUCUAGUGAAACUCAAUGUUAUAUAGUAGACAAUGAAUUAAAUCAGCAGUUACCUACUCUUGAAACAAAUAAUGGUUUCAGUGUUGAAGAGACAGAACAACCACACAUUGAAUGUGAUGAGACUUUGCAUGACAGACAAACGCAUGGUAUGUUUAUGGAUACGUGUCUUCAGCCAGUUGAUUUAGGCCAAGAAAUCUUAGAUCAAUAUGAUAACAUUUUAAAUAUAGCUCCUGCAGAAGGUAACAAUCCCAUUCGGUUACUUUCUGACAAAAGUAAUGAGGCCAAAAGCUUUCCAGCAUUGUUUCCAAUGGGGGGUCCAACUUUUCAUGAUUUUAGAAAUCAGCGGCUUACACUGUCACGCUAUUUUAACAAUCGUAUUCUGAGUGCAGAUAAAAGGUUUGCUAAUAAUAAUGAAUACAUCUUUUAUGCCCAGUACAUGAGUGAAGUAGAACAGGUUUCAUCUAGCAUAUCAAUAGCAAUGCGCAAAGGCCACAAUUCAAACACAUCUAGGGAAUUUUCUGCAGAGUUAGUGAAAGAUAGGCAAACCCUAAAGCAGUUUCUGAACUGUGAUGAUGGUUAUAGGUUUCUUCGACCCAUCAGAGGAACUCCUGUGUAUUGGUCAGGUGUUCAAAAGGAUUUGUUUGCCAUGGUAAGACAGCUUGGCAUACCAACAUUUUUUUGUUCCUUCAGUUCAGCAGAUAUGAGAUGGGACAAUUUAUUACAAAGCAUGCUGCAACAGGAAGACAGGACUGAUAGUGUAGACAGUUUAGAUUGGGCAGAUAAAUGUGGCCUAUUGCGGCGUAACCCAGUCAUAGCAGCACGCAUGUUUGAUUUUAGAUGGCAUACAUUUUUGAAUAAAGUAAUUUUGUCACCCAGUAAUCCGAUAGGUAGAGUAGUGGAUUACUUUUAUCGUGUCGAGUUUCAGCAAAGAGGGAGUCCCCAUGUACAUGCAAUGUUUUGGGUGGACAAUGCUCCCCAAAUUGAUAAAGAUAAUGACAAUGAUGUGGUAAAAUUCAUAGACCAAUACAUAUCAUCUGAAUUACCGAGCAAUGACAGUGAACUUGUUGAAAUUGUCUCAACUGUUCAAAUGCACAGCAGGAGGCAUUCAAAAACGUGUCGAAAGCGUAACAGUGUAUGUCGUUUUAAUUUUCCGAGACCACCUUCAAAUAAAACCUUUAUUUCUAGAAAAAAAAGAGAAGAGGAAUCAACUAAAAAGUGCAGUUGCAGUGCAGUUUCAUGUGCAUGUUCUUGUGAAGUUUCAAAUAAGAUCAUGAAUAAAGAACAGGCAACAAAAAUAUUAGCUAUGGUAAAGUCAGCUAUAUCUACAGACACAAAUACUAGUAGUACAGUUUCUGAGUUGUUUGACAGUAUUGGUAUUGACCAAGAAAAAUUUGAACUGGCGUAUAACAUUGCUGGCAAAAAAACUCAAGUUGUUCUGAAAAGAGAAAUUACAGAUUUGUGGGUAAAUCCCUAUAAUAAAAAUUUACUAAAGGCUUGGAAUGCUAAUAUGGAUAUUCAGUAUAUAGUAGAUGCAUAUGCAUGCAUUGUAUACAUCAUUUCAUACAUUUCCAAGGCUGAAAAGGAGAUGGGAUUGUUAUUAAGUGCUGCCCAUCGUGAAGCUUCAAAGCACAACAAUGUUGAUGUAAAAGGCACAUUGCAACAAUUGGGCAGUGUUUAUUUACAUAAUCGGGAUGUAGGUGCUCAAGAAGCAGUGUAUAGGCUCACAAAUAUGCACCUAAAAGAAGCUUCACGUAAAGUCGAGUACAUACCCACAGGAGAUCAUUGUGUUCGCCUGAGUUUACCGCUAAAAGUACUUCAGCAAAAAGCACAGUCAAAUGAGCUUACUGAAAAAGCCAUGUGGAUGACAAACCAUGUUGAUCGUUAUAAAGCAAGGCCAGUAAGAGACCCCUUUCAGAACAUGUGUAUAGCAGUAUUUGUGUCUCAAUAUCGUGUUGUGGGCAGAACAGAGAAGUGUGCAGACAAAAUUCAGCUGCAAAACAAUGCAGGGUUUGUUAAAAAAAGAACUAGAUCAAAGCCAGCGAUAGUCAGAUACGCAAGAUUCUCGGUUGAUUCCAACCCAGAAAAAUAUUAUCAGAGUAUUUUGCAAUUAUUCUUGCCAUACCGCUGUGAAAAUGACUUAAAACCAGCUGACUUCCCAACAUUUGAACUAUUUUAUCACAAUGGCCAAUAUGAAUUAAAUGGCACUGUACAAUAUGUCAAAAAUGUAGUGGAUGCUAAUAAGCAAUUAUUUGAGAAAGACGAUGAAAUUCUUGCUCAAGUUCAGCAUGUUGUAGUUGAUAAUGGUAAUUUAGAAGAUGCAUGGUGUGAGAUGUGUCCGGAGCAAGAGGCAGAGCGCUUAGAAUGCCAGGAGGAAAAAACACAAAGACCUGUAGAGGCUGAGGAGCAUGUAGAUAAAAUUCCUGAUUUAUCUGUUCAAAGUAGAAAGAACAAUUGUUUUGAACGUAAUCUAAAUGUACUAUGUAGAUCAGAUGCUCUGAAUCUGCUGAGGUCUCUUAACUCUGAGCAAAAAGACACAUUUUAUCAAGUAAGACAGUGGUGUUUAGAGAAAGUUAGAGGGAAACAGCCAGAGCCUUUCCAUAUGUUCAUUACUGGAGGUGCAGGAACAGGGAAGACACACUUAAUCAGGAGUAUUCAUUAUGAAGCAACCAGGCUUUUAUCACAGGUUUCAAGUGCUCCAGACAAGGUUUCAGUGCUAUUAACAGCUCCUACUGGAAUUGCUGCAUUUAAUUUGGAAGCUGGGACAAUUCAUUCAACAUUUUCAAUAGGGACAGAUGUAAAACUUCCCUACACACCUUUAGGAGAAGAAAAAUUGAAUACGUUGCGUGUUUUAUUAAGUGAUUUACAUAUAUUGAUCAUAGAUGAGAUUUCUAUGGUAGAUCACAGUCUUCUAGCUUACAUUCAUGGUAGGUUAAGACAAAUAAAGCAGACAGGCGACUACGCUCCAUUUGGGAAAGUUAGUGUAAUUGCAGUAGGGGACUUUUUUCAGCUGCCUCCAGUAAAGGGUAAACCACUAUACUUGGAAAAUGCCCCAUUAGAUUUGUGGAAUGGCAUAUUUUCUAAGUCAGAGUUAACCACCAUUGUAAGACAAAAAGACUCUGCUUUUGCCGAAAUUCUGAAUAGGCUACGUACACAUCACAGGUCUACACCAUUAUCACUGCAGGAUGUGAAGACACUUAAACAGAGGGAAACUGGGGAAACAACUUCUGCGCUGCAUAUUUUUGCAACAAAUGCUCAGGUAGAAGAGCAUAAUGUUAAGCAAAUUAUUGCAUUUUGCCCUGAACAUAUUUGUGUAGAGGCACAAGAUUAUGAAAAAAAUCGGCAAACUGGAAAAAUGCAGCUUAAAAACGGACACUUUUCUAAAGUAUUUAAUUCAUGCUUACCAGAAAAGUUGUUAAUAGGAGAAGGUGCACGAGUAAUGCUAAUUAAAAAUAUUGAUGUUACCGAUGGGCUUGUGAAUGGUGUCUGUGGUACUGUUACAGACAUAGCACAUGAUAAAAAUAGCACAUUGGUGAAAACUGUGUUUGUUCAGUUUGAUGAUCAAAAAGUUGGACAAAAUACAAGAAAACGUAUACCACCACCUAGACACAUACUGCAUUCAACACCAGUUAAUUUGGAAGAGGAGCGAGUUAACAGCAAGGGAGGAUUGCGCAAACAAUUUCCAUUAAAGUUAGCUUGGGCUUGUACUGUGCAUAAAGUGCAGGGACUAACGGUAAAACAAGCUGUUGUAUCACUCAAAAAGAUUUUUGCACCUGGACAGGCUUAUGUUGCUUUAAGUCGAGUAGAGACUUUAAGUGGGUUAAUCAUUCAGGAUUUUGCUGAUAAAGCAAUUUAUUGUAGAAGUAAUAUCCAGGAAUGUAUUAAUAACAUGGCACAAUUUUCAUUAUAUAAUGUCAGUCCAAUUAAAACGCAGAACUCUUUUUCAGUUUUUUUAAUGAAUGUUCAGGGUCUAAGCUGUCAUUUGUUAGAUUUAACUGCUUCCGUCCAACCCUUUAAUUAUAAUUGUAUAGCUGUUACAGAGACUUGGCUACCUGCAAAUGUAUCAGGUGACUCCACUCACAUUGAAGGUUACCAAUUUCAUAGUGCUCCACGUUGUCUUGCUUACAAUUCAGACAACCCUCUGUUAAAAUCAAUUCAACAACAAAAAAAUGGGGGUGUUGGAAUAUACUGCAAGCAUAACAUUGAUUACACUAUUUUAGACAUUUCAGGUGUAAAUGUAGAAUGCAUGAUAUGUCAAUUCAACAAACUUGACAUAAUCGUAGUUGUGAUAUACAGACCACCACAGUAUCAAUUAUCCUUAUUUCAAAAAUACAUCACUAAAUUAUGUAAUACAUUAAGCAAUUUGUCAGAUAACAUCUUCAUAAUUGGUGACUGGAACCAUGAUGAACUUAAAACUCAAGCUAUGUCUACAUUUAUGGCAAAUCUAGGCUAUUCACAGUGUGUAACAGAAUGUACCACUGAAAAUGGAACGCUAAUUGAUCAUGUGUACAAGAAAAUAACAUCUAAAUAUAUUAUCAAUACACAAGUUAUGCCAGUGUAUUUUAGUUCACAUGAAGCAAUUUACUGUACAUUUUCACAAACAUAAGCAUUCCUUUAAAUUAUAAACACCAUCCAACACUAAUAUAAUGUGUACGUUUUAAGCAUAGUCCAAUUAUCUUGUGUCAACAAAUAGGUAUCUAGGUAAUGUAAAUGUAUACAGCUGCAGAAUUAUUAAUUUUUAUUUAUUUAUUUAUUUAUUUAUUUAUUUAUUUAUUUAUUUAUUUAUUAUUUAUUAAUAGGUCUGCGUACUUGGUGGUUGAGACAAUGGACCAUGAACAUAGUGUUAGACUGUGCUUCUGGAUCCUUGUGAAACCAGUACCAGACUAUAACUGUUGCUGUGUUCUGUCCACAACAACACUAAAACCUAAAAAUAUGAUCCUAAAUAUUUAUAUUAUGAUUUUUUAUAGUUCUUUCACAAAUUGCCAUGUUCUGCUCACAACACUAAAACCCUAAGAAACUGCUCUUAAAUAUUUAUUAUAUUAUGAUUUGACUUUUAUUAAUCAUCUUUAUCUAAUGC